AUGUAUCAUUUACAAGAUAUCCCAUCCAGAUGGAAGUCACUUGACUUUCCCUGCAGCAGAAAGCUGACUUGCAUUUUCUGGCCACACCAAGAUGGAUGUGGGCAUUGUCUUCUCUUCUCUGUCUGCAGGGUCCUCCUGGAGGAAGGAAGGGCCACAGUCCCCUGCCUGGCAGACAAGCUGACCUCUGAACUCAUCACGCACAUCUGUAAAACUUUGCCCCUGUUAGAAAAUCAGAUAAAGGAAAAUCAUGAGAAAAUAACAAAGGAGUUACAAAAGUACGGCUCUGACGUGCCCGAAGAGGAGCAUGAAAAAAUGUUUUUUCUGAUAGAGAAAAUUAAUGCCUUUAACCAUGACAUCAACUCCUUAAUCGAAGGGGAAGAAUUUGUGGGGGAGGACGAGAGUCGGCUCUUUACCAAAAUCCGAAACGAGUUCCACAAGUGGAGCUCUGUGAUUGAGAAGAAGUUCCAACAAGGUUACCAAGUUAUAUAUAAACAAAUCGAGAAAUUUGAAAAUCGGUAUCGUGGCCGAGAGCUGCCAGGGUUUGUCAAUUACAAGACGUUUGAGAUUAUCAUAAAACAGCAACUCAAAGAACUAGAAGAACCAGCUGUCUAUAUGCUGCACAUGGUAACUGAUAUGGUCCAAGCUGCCUUCACAGAUAUUUCGAAAGCAAAUUUUGCUGAAUUUUUCAACCUUUACAGAACUACCAAGUCCAAAAUUGAAGACAUUAAAUUUGAACUAGAAGAAGAAGCUGAGAAGUCCAUCCGCCUUCACUUCCAAAUGGAGCAGAUCGUCUACUGCCAGGACCAGGUGUAUCAGCGUGCAUUGCAGAGGGUCCGAGAAAAGGUGUCGGACGGGGAAAAGAAGAACAAAAAAAUAAACAGCAUGAGCUCCGAGGAAGGUUCUUCAGUAAACAUCUCCUUGUCUGAAAUCUUUGAGCAUUUGCUGGCUUACCGUCAGGAGGCCACCAACCGCAUCUCCAGCCACAUCCCCCUGAUCAUCCAGUACUUCAUCCUGCAAGUGUAUGGCCAGAAGCUGCAGAAGGGCAUGCUGCAGCUGCUCCAGGACAAGGACACCUACAACUGGCUCCUGAAGGAGCACAGUGACACCAGCGACAAAAGGAAGUUCCUGAAGGAGCGGCUCUCGCGGCUGGCCCAGGCUCGGCGCCGCCUGGCCAAGUUCCCCGGCUAAGGCGGGCUCCCGGUCCCACCCGCGCCUCCGGGGCACAUCUGCUGGGAGCGGGCGCGCGCUCUCCCCGCCCCCGGCCCCCCAACCACGUCACAGGAGUUAGCAGCCAGUCUUUCCAGUCGUUGUCUGUGCUUGUCCCUGAGCGGGCAGGGAGCUAGCAAGAGGAUGCAGGUCGUGAUGGCGAUCGGGAUUUGUCCUGGAGGGCUGCUGCCGCCGCCUUCCCAGUUAGGAAAAAUGAUUUUCCGCCCCCGGGAUUGUUCCUCCCGAGCCCUCUCCGUCUCCCACCGGGGACCGGUGCAUGCGAAGUGUCGUAGAAGGCUUUGUUUCUGCUUUGUGCCACUUGCUUUCAUGCAGCUGGUGUUUUGGGAGCAUUCGUGCCAUGUGCGUGGGCACUCGUAGAAGCUGUAUUUCACCGAUUGGUAAUAAACCAGUUUCUACCAGA